CUAAUGUUUUCAUUAGGAAACUGGGCGCAACCAAGUCAAGGAGGGAAGGAUUAGAGAGCAAGAGAGCGAGCACAGGGACAGGAGACCUGAGGAGGAGAGGAAAUCAUUUGGUUUUUCAGUCUGGUUCAGAAUUAGAGGAGAUUUGGGGGCUCUCUCUCUCUUUCUCUCACUCACCCGCUGUUUCUCUUCCUUCCUCUCACGCACACGCUCUUCAAUCUUCGUCACCAGCUGCUCACCAGGUUUCACCUCCUCACUAUGAUCCGCCUCCCCACCUCCUCGAUCGGACUUCUCCUCCUCCUGAUUGGCUAUGCUGCAGCAGGUCCUGAGCCUGACCUGCGGCCUCGAGCGGUGCGUUCAAGUGCCUGUCAGGAGCACACCAACCUUCACAGCCGCCUGGAUGUAGUGGAGAAGAAGGUGGAGGAGACCGUGGAGAAGCUGGAGGUCGGGCUUGCUUCUCUCCUGGAUGACAUUGAAGCCCCAAAGUGGCGCCCCAUGUUGGACAAUACAGGAAAAACAGCUGUGGACAUCCUGGAGGAGCCGGGGCAGAGGGGCGAGUCCUAAACUAACCAGAUGUCCAUGGAGGAGGGGCUGACGAAGACUCUUGAACUUGGACUUUUAAGGAUUAAAUCUGUUUCUAUGACUUUUUUUAUUUUUUAUUUUCUAGAUACAUGUAUCUGUAUAUCAAAAAGAAGUUUAUAUCUGAGAUGAGGAGGCAGCUCUUUGCACAAAGACGAGCCUCUCUGCAUUAUUUAUUCAUACUUAUCCUGCAACAGCCUCUUCUCUUCUCCAGCCUUAGAUUCAGUCCCAGAUUCUAACCCCCUGCAGUCAAUAGUGGCACAGCUCAUGUUUACAGUGCCAUUCAAAGAGAUUAAUUCAAAAAGUCAAUUCCCGCUCUCUCUCUCUCCGUCGCCCCCUACUGUCCCCUCACAAACUGUGCCUUUGACGCCGCGUCUCAGUGGAAAUGACAAAGACACGGAUGUAAAAUUACUGGAAGGAGUUUUAUUUCUUUAUCAAAGCAGUUAAAGCAGCAUGUUUUAAACACAGAGCAGUUUCAGUUGGUACAGUAACAAGGCUUUCACCGACUCCCUGUAAAAAUCCUGCAGCACAAGAACAUUAUGCAAAAUAGGUUCACAAGGAGGAAAAGAGUGGCGUAAAUCACAUCUUCUUCUUGUUUUGUAUUUCUCAACAGGGCACUGAGUUUCAAACUGUAUCCACAGAGGUAAGACAUCUACAGUAUGGUACGCCUCGAGAGCAUCCAUCAAUCGGGAAACGCUUGAGCAGGAGACAUGCUGCUGCUGGUCAAACACUAGCACAAUGCCUUUUUUUAUUUGAAACACCUAACAGCAUCCAGAACAUUAACACACAAAGAAACAUGUCGGGAGGGUUUGCAAGCACGGUCCAAUUAGGAUUGAUCACUGAUAUCAACAAAUGCCAAAACUGUAGAUUAGUAUUGUAACUUAGAGAAAAGCUACACUUAAAUUAAAUCAGUUUUUAUCCAUUUACAAAUGAUUAACAUAUAAUUACACAUCCACUUUAAGCCUAUGUUGAUUCUGAUGGAGUGUAGUCUCAUUUAAUGAGUCUUAGAAAUAACUGAGCUUUCUUUUCCACAAAUGGAGACAUUCAGUGUUUUAAUAAUGCAGCAAAUUCUGUUAUGGGGUGAACUGAAAACCUGUCCCACUUCCAAUUUCUUCUUCCUUUUGCUGCACAGACAAAAACGCAACACUUAACCCACAACAGAGCAUCACGCACACAGCUGCUGACCUCAUUCCACUCAUACAGCAAGGGUACGAGCCCGUAUACUUGAACAGAGCAUUAAGACAACCUACAAGAUGCCAGAAGAUACUGCAUAUCAUCUAAAAAUAUCAUGCCGCCCAUAUAACACUGCAGAUUAUAGGAUUUUGUACAGUUUAAAGUUCACAAAACUCACUGCUCAGAAACAGCCACACAUGUCAGUUAUACUUUGAUUUGGACUGUGUCAGUAAUCAGGUGAGUAUCGAGGUAUGCUAUUACCAAAAGCUUGUGCAUGCACAAAUCAGCCGGUAAGGCUCAAGCUCAAGGCUUUGGCAAAAACAGGCUUAUACUGUAAAGGUACAUGCAAAAAAAGCGCAGGGCUUGAUACUAUUAAAUUCAUCAUAUAUUUUGGCGAACUUGGAAGAUGCCACUUUAUAUCCCUUUAAAGAAGCUUCUUAAUCUAAUCAUAAUGUAUAGUGUUUAAAGAAAUAGCUCUACAUUUUGGGAAGUACACUUGUCUGCUUUGUUUCUGAGGGUGAUAGAUGAGAAGGUUGAUACCACUGAUGCUGUCGACUGACCUGAGGCCUCCAUCAAACUACCAAUGAUACAGUAUUAUUACGUUGUUACAGUGCUACAGUGUACAAUAUAAAUCACCAUUUGCUGUAUAUUUGAUAAUGGCAUGAGUCUUCAUUAAAAAAUGUAAAAUGGUUA